AUGGCCGCCCGUGCUGUCCCUAAGAGGCACCGCGCCGCCGCGCUAGCCUACUUUGGCGGUCUCGCCACUGCGACUGCGAUCGCUUUGGACGAGUGGCUCGACCUGCGCAAGUGGCGGACCGUUCGGCACGUGCUCACGACGCCUGUCUCGGUCGAUAUGAAGCUGCACACUCGAGUGCGCGCAGCUGAGGGCGAGGCCGGCCAGGGUUGCGUCGACUGGCCGGCGGGCCGUGUGCUGCUGCAGUGGGCGGUCGACGGCGGGGUGCCGCUCCGCCACGGCUCAGUCUUGGAGGUGGGAGCGGGCGUUGGCGUCACCUCGAUUGGCCUCGCGCUGGCGGCCUCGUGCUCCUCAGAUGCGGGUGGCGGCGGGGGAUCCGACGGCGACCCCACUCGCGUCCUCGCCACCGACGUGUGCGACAGCGCGCUCGCCAACUUGCAUCGGAACGCCGCGGAGAACGAGGCGCCGGCGCUGCUGCGGGUUGAACGGUGGGACGCCGCGGGAGGCACAGAGGCUGUCCGCCGGCUGAGCCGCCUCGUCGACCCGCGGACGCUGACGCACGUCAUCGGGGCCGACAUCGUGAGCGUGCCAAUCGGCAGCGGCGGCGGUGGUGGCAAUGCCGCCGGCGGCGAAGCUGCCGGCGGCGACGGCCUCGAGGCGACGCUGGCGGCACUGCUGGCGGAGAACCCGGCGCUGCGCGUCACGCUGCUGCUCUUCAACCGCGUCUCCGGGGGCGCGGUGACCGCCCUGGCCGGCGCGGCCGGGAUGCCAGAGGGGGGCUGCACCCUCGACCCCGCCCUCGCCCGCUUCGAGCGCAGGUGCGCGGCGCACGGCCUGCGCGCUUGCCGGAGUCCGGUGCCGGAGGGCUGCCUGAGGCACGUGGCCGAGGCCCUCCCGCUGCGAGAGCGCGGGCUGUGGGCGCUCGGCGGGGUGUGGGACGGCCUGCAGCUGUACGAGGCGCUCAAGCUCGCGUACGAGCUCCUCCGCGAGCGCGACGAGGAGGACCUCGAGCUUGCGAUUGAGGAGGACGAGGCGGGCAACCCGAUCGUCAAGUUUGCCCACCAUUCGAACCGACGGUUCUCGGACAAGGUGGCGCGGGACACGAGCGAUGUCACGGGCGCUACCAUCACAGACAUCGACUGCAUCUUCGGCUGGAACGAGCAGGAGCGAGAGAGGUCGAUGCAGCAGCACUACGCCGGCCUCGAUCUCGCCUCGCGCAUCGAGCGGCUCGCGCGAGUGACUAUGAUGGUGUAG